CUCAUCUCGGCGUUGAGACAGCGACAACACCCACAGCCAUGUCCCUCCGCGCCCUUCGUCCCUUCUCGACCAGCGUGCGCGCCCUGCAGCGCAUCCCACAGGUGCACCCAGCCGACGUGGUCGCCGGCAAGGCGCCCGGCCCCCCCGUGGAGCGUCUCACUCCUGAAGAGGUGCUCGUCGCGACCGUCUCGGACGCGCCCCGCGAGCUCCAGCACCGCCAGGUCCGCAUCUUCAAGCCGACGAAGAACACGAUGCAGUCUGCCAAGGGCAAGACGCGCGUGUGGCGCAUCGACUGGGACGUCCUCCCCGGCUCCGGCCGCUGGACCAACCCUCUUAUGGGCUGGCAGUCGUCCGCCGACUACAUGCAGGGCACUACACUCGCCUUCCGCACGCGCGAGGACGCUGUCCGCUUCGCCGAGCGCCAGGGGUGGGACUACUACAUCUCAGAGCCCAAGAAGGCUCGCAUUCCCCCAAAGAACUACGCCGACAACUACCUUUAUGUUGACGGUCCUCUCCGCAUCUGCCACACGAAGUAA